AUGGCAUUGCUCUCCUAUCGUCACGACAUAUCGGCAAUUUCAGAGGCAGCAACUUAUGAGGAACUUCAAUGGUACAAUGAUAACAAGUUCAAUGCUUCGGAUUCAAGUCCUUAUACGCUAAAGAUGCCAGCGAUCCAUUUCAGCAUAGCCAAGCCAAGGUGCUUUGUAAAGAAAAAGAAGGCAGUGUGGAGAAGCUUAGAACCUAUUACACAGAAAGCAGCAGCAUAUAGAAGGCUGAAAGAGAAAAAGAAGAUGAGAAGGGAAGAUGAUGAUAACAACGACGGGCAGGUGGACAUAUCUCAAACAGAAGAAAGACAACUAGUUUCAUCUCUAUUGCCUAAAGAAAGUGAUGAGAAUGAAGUUGACCAAGAGAAUGUUGCCUCCGACAUAACCAGUAUCUCAGAAGUUGCAACUGCGAUCCCUGCUCUGGUUUCAUUUAGUUUUAUGCCAAGAUAA